AUGGAUUCUGGUGCCGUCGCGGGUUUAGCUAUUGGAUGUACAAUAAGUGCUGCGAUAAUUAUUAUCGUGUGUAUUAUGAUCAGUAGGCAAUUGGGUUAUUGUAACCGUUUUGGUGCUAAUGAAAAAAAGGAGAGGCGAACUCCCACUCCCUCUAACCCAGCACCGUUGGCGCCAGUAGUGGCUCCUCCGAUAGUUCACCCACCAAAAAAAGAUGACCAUCGGGCCAGCCUACCUGUGCAAUCUAAACCGAAGGUUAGAAAACCGAAUCCGCUACCGAUACUUGAUGUUACUCCUAAACCUCGCAAAGAAAUAUCUUCGCCGGUUGAUAAUCCUGCUUCUGACCUAUGCCCUAAAUAUCUAUGUAAAAAAUAUAUCAGAAUCUUAAAAUUAGCCAGUGGCUAUUUUAAUGUGCGCCAUGACAGAUGCUACUGCUCUUUAUGCUACCCAGCUGAAAGAACUAGUGUAUUCACAACAGCUGGCUCCCAAUAUACUGUUCCAAGAGGGUGGACAAAUUUUGGUUUGCAAAUCGAUGAGGCAGCUUUUAAUUCCAAUCGAAUAUUUAGCAAAUGGUUCACAACAUUCUAUGGAACAUCCCGUGAUGAUGUUGAAUCUAUCAUCAGAAACCGUUUUAUACCUUUUUCUGGAGAUAAUCUUUUAGAUGGUAGUGUCUUUACUAGACAUAUAUAUGAUAAGAGAUAUAUAUUGUCGUCACCGUCAAUCAAUUACGCAUCUCUUGAGCGCUUUUGUCCAACUGAUACCGUCCUCAUAGAACAUAAAUGGUAUGACAUAAAAAUAGUUCUCGCAUGUAAACAAUACCCUCUUGGACUCUUAAAGCAACGCGGUUUUAAAAGUAAUGUGUGCCGCAUCAUACCAGACGACGAAAUCGAAUGGAAAACCGACCAAAGAGCAACAACUAUACCCUACAGCAUUCUUAUUCGAGUACAAGGUCAUCGAUGUAAUCAGCAAUGUCGCAGUCAACAUUCGUCCUCCUGA